AUGGCUACAGCCGCUGCCCAUGAAUCCUCUGCUUCGGCCAUCUCACCAGAGGAAGAGGAGGAGUUGAAAUUUGGUCAGACCUGGAAAGGCGCAGCCAAAGCUCCUCAGAGACCGCACCUCGCUGAUCGGCCCAAUGGUGGAAGACGGAAGUCGUCGGUCCAAUUCCAUACGGCGGAUGCCGAAGACACCAUAAGAAGAGAGAGCGUCGUCCAAAGCUCACGAGUCUCGCUGCCCUCGCGGAAAAUGUCAUCACCCCCUCCGCCUACGCACUACCAACGCGGCGUCUCCUUUGACACCAUCGACAAUCGAGAUGCGUCCACUGAAGCUUUCACCUUACAAUACAAGCACUGCGACUUCGCUGCCUCUUCACGAAGCCGAACUUUUCUGUGCGGUACCGAUGCCAAGGAUUACUCUGAAUAUGCGUUGGAGUGGAUGAUGGACGAGUUGGUCGAUGACGGCGAUGUAAUUGUCUGCCUUCGGGUCAUCGAGAAAGACUCUAAAACUGCACAUGACACCCCGUACGACCGGGACAAAUAUCGCACCGAGGCAAAACAGCUGUUGGACAGUGUGAUGCUGAAAAACAGCUCCGAGGAGAAGGCCAUUAGCAUCGUCAUGGAAUUGGCUGUGGGCAAAGUGCAAGAAAUUUUCCAGCGCAUGAUUCAGCUGUACGAACCUGCAGCGUUGGUCGUGGGGACGAGAGGACGAAACUUGGGCGGUAUGCAGGGCUUGCUCCCCGGGUCGGUCUCGAAGUAUUGCUUGCAACAAUCACCUGUGCCAGUAAUUGUCGUGCGACCGAGCUCCAAACGACUGAAAAAGAAAAAGAAACGACAACUGGAAACCGGCCGCAGCCUCUACAGCAGUAUGCUCGAGCAAGCCCAGCACGCUGGAGGGAGCCAUGUGUUUGAAAACGCCAGCCACAGUUCGAUAUCUAUGGAAGCUACCCAAAAAGAGGCCGAUGCCGUUGCGAAGGCAAUCGGCCCUCCAAGGCGUGGGAUAUUGAAAGGCACUUACGGUGGGCCGCUUGCUCGAGUAACGUCGGCCAAAAGUGAUGUGACAUCUGAUGAUGAUUCCCCCGAACGGAGCUUCGCUUUGCCCAUUGGGUAUUUGAGGACCGCAAGUGCUCCUAGGGCUGAUAUUGCCAUGAACAGUCCAAGUAUUGCCGCCUUGGUGGAAGACUGGGAUGACAACGAGACAACGCCGACCGACCGUGCACGGUCACCCAAUCCGCCUUCGAAGCGCUCAGAACACCGCGAGAGCGACGCGGCCAUCUCUGAUUCAGAAGACAUCCGCCUGCUAGUGCCCAGAAUUGUCGAAGAGCGACGGCCAUCUGUCAGGGAGACGACGCCGUGGUUGGCAGACAUUCUCCGCGAGAAACCACAACGACGAUCAUACAGCCACGGACUCUGCCGCCCAAAAUUUGACUAUCCUUAUCGCAUUUCUCGGGAUCCGGUCUUCGAUUGGUUGAUCAAGCAAACCCGCGACGCCGAUGCCACAGCUUUGAGAAGGAUAGACGCCACUCACGGUCCCCUGAAAUCUUGCACCGGCGGCGCUCCAAAGAGCCUCCUCAUCCUCCGCAUCAUGGCGGUGGAGACGGAGACGCUGAUCAACGAGAUCGAAUACUGA